AUGCCUCAGUACACCUCCCGUGAGAUGGGCGACCCUUCGCAAGCCAGGCGCACCCGCCAGUCUAUGGCCGACCUCAAGCUCAGGCGUCUGACCGAGCUCAACAACCGUCUACGUGAGGAUCUCGAACGGGAGCGCAUUGCCGUCAGCACCGCAUCCAAGAGCAUCAUCGCCUACUGCAACGGAACCCGAGACUACAUGGUCCCCUCGGUGUGGGGUCUCGUCCCCAAGGGUGAGGACCCUUAUGCGCCACAGCAGUCAGGAGGUUGCUGCCUCGUCAUGUAA